AUGGAAAUUAUUGAUUUGCAAGAUAUCUCAUUGCAAAUGAAUAAGACUUCGUCUACUGAAGAUUUUUGGAUAAAACAACAUGCAGAGUUGGAUAAAUACACGAACUGUAAAACCCUUGCCAUAAAAUUAGCUACUAUGUUUGGCUCCACUUAUGUAUGUGAAACUUCGUUUUCAAAUAUGACGUUUUUAAAAAACCAAUACCGUUCAAGAUUAACAGAUCCGAGGCAACAGGAACGACGCACAUGAGACUGGAAUCACUUCAAAAGACAACAACCCAACAAAACUCAACCUUGAAAACACUUUACGUAUCAGUUGUUCUCCAAGAGUACCAGAUUUUAAAAAAUUAGCUCAAGAAAAGAAAUGUCAUUUUUCUCAUUAA